UGCGCCCGCCUGGCCCUAUUGGCGCCUUCCCCGCCCGCCGCCCGGGAGCCGCAGCCGCUGCUGCCGCCACUCCCGCUCUCUCCGCUCCGCCGCCGCCGCCGCCGCCGCCGCCGCCGCCCGCAGAGUCCGCAGCCGCGAGGAGAUCCCAGCCAUCAUGUCGAUAGAGAGGAUCUGGGCCCGGGAGAUCCUGGACUCCCGUGGGAAUCCCACGGUGGAAGUGGAUCUCUACACAGCCAAAGGUCUUUUCCGGGCUGCAGUGCCCAGUGGAGCCUCCACUGGCAUCUACGAGGCCCUGGAGUUGAGGGAUGGUGACAAACAGCGUUACUUAGGCAAAGGUGUGCUGAAGGCCGUGGACCACAUCAACACUACCAUCGCACCGGCCCUCCUCAGCUCAGGCCUCUCUGUGGUGGAGCAAGAGAAACUGGACAACCUGAUGCUAGAGUUGGAUGGGACUGAGAACAAAUCCAAGUUUGGGGCCAAUGCCAUCCUGGGUGUGUCCCUGGCCGUGUGUAAGGCAGGGGCGGCUGAGUGGGAAUUGCCCCUGUAUCGCCACAUUGCUCAGCUGGCUGGGAACUCAGACCUCAUCCUGCCUGUGCCGGCCUUCAACGUGAUCAAUGGGGGCUCUCACGCUGGGAACAAGCUGGCCAUGCAGGAGUUCAUGAUCCUCCCUGUGGGUGCCGAGAGCUUUCGGGACGCCAUGCGACUUGGGGCAGAGGUCUACCACACACUCAAGGGGGUCAUCAAGGACAAGUACGGCAAGGAUGCUACCAAUGUGGGGGAUGAAGGUGGCUUUGCCCCCAAUAUCCUGGAGAACAGUGAAGCCCUGGAGCUGGUGAAGGAAGCCAUCGACAAGGCUGGCUACACAGAGAAGAUUGUCAUUGGCAUGGAUGUCGCAGCCUCAGAGUUUUAUCGUGAUGGCAAAUAUGACUUGGACUUCAAGUCUCCCGCUGAUCCUUCCCGAUAUAUCACUGCGGACCAGCUGGGGGCCCUCUACCAGGACUUUGUCAGGGACUAUCCUGUGGUCUCCAUUGAGGACCCGUUUGACCAGGAUGAUUGGGCUGCCUGGUCCAAGUUCACAGCCAACGUAGGGAUCCAGAUUGUGGGUGAUGACCUGACAGUGACCAACCCAAAGCGCAUCGAGCGGGCAGUGGAGGAAAAGGCCUGCAACUGUCUACUGCUCAAGGUCAACCAGAUUGGCUCCGUCAGCGAAGCCAUCCAGGCGUGCAAGCUGGCCCAGGAAAAUGGCUGGGGGGUCAUGGUGAGUCAUCGCUCAGGAGAGACCGAGGACACGUUCAUUGCUGACCUGGUUGUGGGGCUGUGCACAGGCCAGAUCAAGACUGGUGCCCCAUGCCGUUCUGAGCGUCUGGCCAAGUACAACCAGCUCAUGAGAAUUGAAGAAGAGCUGGGGGAUGAGGCUCGCUUCGCUGGACAUAAUUUCCGCAAUCCCAGUGUGCUGUGAUCCCCGCACUUGCCUGGAGACAUGGACCCUCUCUCCCAACCUCCUUGAACCCCCGUCUUCCUGGCCUGAUCUGUGAUAUUUCUUCCCCUGAGACACCCUGAGCCCCAGGGGCCCAAAACUGUCCUAACUGCCCCGGCUGCUCCUUGGCUUGCCCAGCCCCUGGCUGUCUCUGCUCUCCCUCCUUUCUGGGCCCCACUCUUUGGGUUUCCACACACUCUACUUCUUUCCUUCCUUUCUAUUCUCUUUCCUCACAAACUGGAAAUGGGAAUGAGGAUUACAAGGGGAUCCAAGGAAGAUGAUCAGGGUCUGUGAUGGGUGCAUCAGGUUUGACGUGGUAGGGUGUUUAGAGACGGGCCAUGUGUCACUUGUACUUUGAGUGUGCUCCAUGUGUUUUCCCUGUUGCAUGUGAAGCCAUGAACUGCACUUACUGCUGAGGCCUAGGUGAGUGCUGGGUGUGUGGUAAUGCCUAGUCUGAAGUGUUAGUGUGUGUAUGUAUGUUAAGUAUUUAUUUAUUUUUCAUUCAUCCCAUUAAUUAUUUAUUUCCUCAUAACUCCAUGGCCUAAAACUGGCCUGACGUGAAGGGAUUAAGUGUCUAUAUAUCCUGUGGCUGUGGACCCCAACGUGACCUGGGGUGAGAGGUCUAAGGGCCUCGAUGGAUGUCACCCCCACCUUGACUGAAGCCUGGGUGGGUCCAGAGGUGGAGUCAUGUGCCUGUAAAUCUCUCCCCAGCCCUAGGUUCCCUUUCUUCCUCCAGCUGCACGAGAGCAACGAGAGCAACGUCUUCCUCCCCCGUGCCAUGUUCCACAGUUGUCACACCUCUGUGGCGCUGAAAUGAGCACCACCAUUAAAGUCUGAAUCACAGUA